AUGAAUGGUUUAGCAGAGCACGGGCAUAUCCAUGGGACCCAAAAAUCGUGCACCGCAGGUCUCUAUGUGAGGGGCAUUUUGAGGGAUAUUUUAACGAAACUUACAUUCUGUUUCACUUAUGUUAACAAUGCGUUCUUGGAACUGUUGAAGGGAAUGCCAUUUGAGGAAGCGAACGUCGAGAAUCGGCCGGUCGGACGGCGAAACGGCGCACUGGGCGCUGCGAUGAACUCGAAACAGCGCGUUGGAAACGGUAUGUGUGCACAUGUGCAGUAA